AGUUUUUAUGAUUAUUGAUGAGUUUUUUUUUUGACAGUUGACAACACCGAAUGUCGGCUCGUGAAAUUCCACCGCGCUUCUGGAGGAGAGAGAAAAUGAAAUCACAACAACAAAAAAUAUUAAGGGACUAGACUAGAGGAAAAGGAAACAAACACACUCUCCCCACAUUUUUCUCCCACCGUAUAUCUUUGCUAAAUAACUUAUUUUCUCUCUUCUUCAACCUUCAUCAUCAUCAUAAUAAUCAAUUCUUCCCCAUUUUCCCCAUUUUCCCCAUUUUUUACUUUCUCUCUCCUCUUUCCUUUUUUCCGCAUUUCCCGGCCACCGACAUCCGCCACCUGCGGAGUAUCUUACCCUUCCAUUCUUCCCGGAUCCGGUCUACAUUUUCGAAGAUCCAAUUCAAUUUGGGCUUCAUAAUUUUCUUCAUUUUUAGGGUUCCAAGAUCUCUCAUUGUGUUGCUGUUGUUGUUGUCUCUUUUUCGGUAAUGUAUUUAUAAUUUCUGGGGGAGAUUAAGUCAAAUUUGUGAUUAUCAAUUCUGGGAAUUUUAAAUUCUGGGUAGUUCUAUUCUGGGUAAGUUUUGGGAAUUUGAUUUUUUCAAUACAGGUCUAUUCUGGGUAAGUUAUUUGGAUUUUGAUUUUUCUGGGUUUGAAUAUUUGAAUAUUGGGUAUACACGGAUCUUACAGAUUGGUUGAUUGAUAGUUUGAUAUGUAUUGGUGAAAUUGAAAGUGUUUGCAUUUGAAUAUUUGAUUGAGGAAGAACAAAACCAAGAUAUAUAGGUGUUGAUUGUUGCAUUGGUGUUGCAUUAACCCGGUUUCGAGGUUUUGGGAUGAGAGGAGGAAGGGAGGAGGAGAGGGGGAUAUGUGUAGGGUAGAGAGUAAUAGUGAGGAGAGAGAAAGCAGGAGAAGAAGGAGGUGGUGGAAGAUUGGUAUGGGGGUUAAAGUUGUAGUUUGUGAUGACAAUAAGAAGGAGAAAUCAAAGAGUUCUUCGGCCUCGAAUAUCGGUGGUGGAUCAUCGAGGUCGAAGAAGAUUAAGUUGUGGAUGGUGAGAGCAACAACUUCAGUUUUACUAUGGACUUGUAUUGUCAAUUUGACCACUUUUGGGGAGGUUUGGGGGCCUAAAGUUUUGAAGGGUUGGCCCUCUUGUUUUAGUCAGGAUUCUCCAUUGGAUCUCAAGUUGUCAUCUACUGUUUCUGUACCACCUCGUGUUCUUCCUCCCAAGAGGGUUUAUAAGAACAAUGGGUACCUAAUGGUUUCAUGCAAUGGAGGACUUAAUCAAAUGAGAUCAGCAAUAUGUGACAUGGUGGCCAUUGCAAGAUAUUUGAAUGUCACUCUCAUAGUCCCUGAGCUGGAUAAAACAUCUUUCUGGGCUGAUCCUAGUGAGUUUCAAGACAUAUUUGAUGUUAAUCAUUUUAUAACAUCAUUGAGAGAUGAGGUUAGAAUUCUGAAGGAGCUUCCCCCUAGGCUCAAGAAAAGAAUGGAGCUAGGAAGAGUCCAUACCAUGGCUCCUGUUAGUUGGUCUGAUAUAUCCUAUUAUAACAAUCAGAUACUUCCUUUGAUACAAAAGUACAAGAUCUUGCAUCUAAACAGAACAGAUGCUCGGCUUGCCAAUAAUGUUCAACCUGUAGAAAUUCAAAAGCUUAGAUGUCGAGUGAAUUUUAGCGCUUUGAGAUUCACUUCACAGAUUGAGGAGCUCGGGAAAAGGGUUGUCAAGUUGCUGCGUCAAAAUGGUCCAUUCCUUGUUCUUCAUUUGCGAUAUGAAAUGGACAUGUUAGCAUUUUCUGGCUGUACCCAAGGUUGCAAUACUGAGGAGGUGGAUGAAUUGACCAGAAUGAGAUAUGCUUACCCAUGGUGGAAAGAGAAGAUUAUAAAUUCUGAUUUGAAAAGGAAAGAUGGACUCUGUCCAUUGACACCAGAGGAGACUACUUUGGCACUUCGGGCUUUAGAUAUUGAUCCUAGUUAUCAGAUAUAUAUUGCAGCUGGUGAAAUAUAUGGCGGUGAGAGGAGGACAGCCAGUCUUGCCGAGGCUUACCCAAAGCUAGUCAGAAAAGAGACAUUAUUGGAUCCCGCAGACUUGAGAUUUUUUCAGAAUCACUCAUCUCAGAUGGCUGCAUUGGAUUAUCUUGUUUCACUGGAGAGUGAUAUCUUUGUUCCUACUUAUGAUGGAAAUAUGGCAAAAGUUGUUGAGGGACAUCGCAGGUACCUUGGGUACAAAAAGACUAUCUUGUUGGACAGAAGGUUGUUGGUUGAUUUAAUUGACAAGUAUACUGUUGGGUCACUAACUUGGGAUGAGUUCUCACUUGCUGUAAAGGAAACUCAUGCCCAUCGCAGUGGACAACCGACUAAGAGGUUGGUAAUACCUGACAGACCAAAAGAGGAGGACUAUUUCUACUCUAAUCCUCAGGAGUGUCUCCAAUCCGAUGAGCCCUUAACUAGUAUCUGAUUUAUAUACCUGAAGAAAAGAUUCAUGCCCUUGUGUUUCUUCUAUGACGGCUAUUUAUAGCAAAUAUCAGGUAUAAAAAAGAUCUUGAUGCACAUUCUACAGUGCUACACUUACAGGAAUGGCUUUGUUUUGGCCGCUCUCUCAAGAGGAUUAUUGGCUAUUGCUUUAACGUAUAUAUAUAUAUCUCUAUAUGAUGCGGGCAAUUUUGAGAAAAAGUCGAGAUAUUUAUCGGAGCGCCAGCAGCUGGGGCUGGAGGGAGCGUAAUAUGAUGUUGUAGAUGCCAAUAACUAAAAUGUCUUGUAUAGAACACACCCUGCCAUUACAGGGGGUGAAGUUAGAUGCAUCUGAUGUGUACAUGGGAGUGAUUGCCACAUAGAUUUGUUCAAUUAAAAUUGUGGGACUUUGAGGUAGAUUUACCACCUAUUCGUCAUUCAUAUUUUUGUAUUUCUUAUUUCAUUAGGACUUCAUAUCUACUCUCAGCUGAUCAUCUAAAUGUUACAUUUAUAGAAGUUCAUUAAUAUCUUUUCA